UUGUUUAAUUGAUUGAUGAAUCUGAAUUUGAGUUUGAAUCUUCAGAUUGUUGAUGUGGCUUCUAUUUUGGGGUUGGACCGUGAUAUUUCUGAUCAUGCUUUCCAGUUGUUUAGGGAUUGUUCUUCUGCUACUUGUUUGAGGAAUCGUAGUGUUGAAGCUCUUGCUACUGCUUGCCUCGUUCAGGCUAUUCGUGAGGCCCAGGAGCCCCGUACCCUUCAGGAAAUCUCAAUAGCGGCGAACCUCCCUCAGAAAGAGAUUGGAAAGUAUAUCAAGAUCCUGGGUGAAGCUCUACAACUCAGUCAACCAAUUAAUAGCAAUUCUAUAGCUGUACAUAUGCCUAGAUUUUGCAACCUUCUCCAGCUUAAUAAAUCCGCUCAGGAACUUGCAACUCACAUUGGAGAAGUUGUGAUGAACAAAUGUUUCUGUACGCGUAGGAACCCUAUAAGUAUAUCAGCUGCUGCUAUUUAUCUGGCCUGUCAACUAGAAGAUAGACGCAAGACGCAGGCAGAAAUUUGUAAGGUAACAGGUCUCACUGAGGUCACACUCAGAAAAGUCUAUAAAGAGCUGCUUGAAAACUGGGAUGAUCUUCUACCGUCUAAUUAUACUCCAGUUGUCCCUCCUGAAAAGGCAUUCCCAACUACUACUAUAGCAUCCGGCCGUUCUGUAACCCCUAGAGCCGAACCACCAGAAAUUCCUACUUUAGACCGGGAGAGCAAGCAGCCCAAAACGAAUCAGAUUUCCGAGACAACUCACGUGGACAAGGUCAAGGGAGAGAAUGACAGCAAUACCCCCAGUACAAAAAAGGUCUACACUCCGAGGAUUGCGCCUUAUGCGAGGAAUUUGAUGUGGUUCGUGAGCAAUGGGCUAAAUUUUUUACCAGCAAGUAUUUAUUAUUGGCUUUAGCGCGCUUGAUCGAGUUGGUUUA